AUGUUUGGCUCUAUUGAGUACAAUAUCAAAAAACAACUGGAAGCAAGCAAAGCACUGCGAGAGCCAAAACCAAUUGACGAAUUACUAUUUAACGUAGCAACCACAGUAUCAAGAGAUUUUUCGUUGAGCUCAAUAUGCUCGAAAUAUUUUCGAGAUAUUAAUUUGUCUUCCUGUAAAAUUACUGAGAUCGAUUCCGAGUUUGUAAAUUAUUGCAAGUUUCUAGAAAUACUAAGUCUGUCAUUCAAUAAGAUUGACUCAAUCAAAUUCCUUCCGCAGCAAUUGUAUGGCCUCAAUGCAUAUUCGAACUCCAUUUCAAAAGUUGUUCCCUUAAAAACGUUUCCAAACAUUGUUCAUCUCGGUCUGGGCUACAAUAGAUUAAAUAAUUUAGAGUUUAUUGAGGAAUGUCCAUACUUGGCUUCUCUGGAUGUUAGUUUUAACGAUUUAACAAGUUUGGAAAAAUCAAUUCAAUCGCUGACCAAAGUUCCGAAUUUGAAAACUCUAAAUUUGCAAGGAAACUGCUUUUGCAUGCUCGAGCAUUAUAGAGGAGCGGUGUUCUCAUCUUUACCAAAGAUUGAAACACUAGAUAACGAAAAUUUUACAGAGGAGACCAGGAAAAGAUAUAUUGACUUAUUUCACGGUUUCUCAAACGAAAAGAAAACAAAACUUGUUGUGACAUUAGCAUCAUUGAGUGGAGUUAAUUUUGAUGAAGAAAUCAAAUUAAUUGAAGAUGAAAAUGCCUCUGCCAACGAUAAGAAUGGAAAGAAAACGCCCAUCAAAAGAAUACCGUCCGCGAGUAAAAAGAAAGCUCCAAACGCCAAGAAACCCAGUGAAAUUACAUUUUUCAAGAGUAUUUAUUACAUUGUAAGGUUUUCUUGGCCCAAAGAGGACGAAAAAGAUGAAACCGCCUUUAUUGAAAGUAGUCCUGUCUAUUUACCUGAUCCUGAUCCAAAAACAAACUCGAGGAUUGUGUCCAUUGAUUUUAAGGAUACCUUUGAAUUUCAUAUUUCUGAAAAAUCUCUUGGAGUGAAGCAUCAUAUUGAGAAACCCAUAAGCUUUUACGUAUAUCGAAUUGUUGCCAAUAUUCAAGAUGACGAUGAUUCCAACAAGAUUGAGUUAUCGAGAGAUUUGCUUGGAAUUUUAUUUGCAAAUUUCAACAUCUUAUGGGAAAGAGGGUUUACACUACCUGUUCCAAUACCUGAAGAUGAUGACUCUGCCAAGUCAGGAGACGAGCUCAAAGCACUCAUGAAAAACUCAUUAGAAGAACGUCAUAACCUUCAAAACGAUAUCAGUACAUCAUCUUUGUCAAACCUAACGAUGGGAGUCUCAAUCACACAACCUAAUGAGAUUUGGGAGAGUUAUGAAAAAGACUGGAAAGAUCCAAAGAAGAGAAAACAAGCUGCUAAAACUGCCAACAACAAGAAACCACCCUCGAGAAAGUAA